AUGACAGUUUUCGCCAAUUUUGUUUUAGUCCACAAAAUACGUGGAGAUCUACAAGCUGUCUCUUAUAAUCAUCAUACACAUUCUAUUCUCUUUGUUGCAAGUGAACAAAUUUCAUUUCUUAAUCUCAAACUACGACCAUAUCUUCAUGCUGAUGUUGUUGUUUCACAUUAUGAACCCAUUCUCGGCCUGCUCUUCAUCAAAGAGUUCAAACAAGUGGUUUCAUGUACUGAAAAUGGAGUUGUUCGCUUGUGGGAUCUUCUCACUGGAAGAAAAGUUCACGAAUUUCAAGCUCAUCAAGGUCAAGCUAUCACUUGUAUGACAUUAGACACAACUGAACGACGAUUAGUCACCGGAAGUCGAGAUGGAUCAUGUGCCAUCUGGAAUGUUCAUAAUGGCCAACUUCUCAAAAUAUUCAAAAGACCUCAUGAUGCACUCGAAGUCACGGCUGUUGCCUUUGUGGUGGUCAACAACAACUGUUCGAUCUUGGCUGUUGGAUGGGACAAACAUGUGAAUGUUUUCAACGAUGAUCGAGAACAGAUCAAACAGAUUUGUUAUCCCGAUGAUGAGUUUUGCAAAGGCGAUGAUGUUCAUCAUGGUCAUUUUCAUGAUAUUCUAUGUAUUGAUAAAUCACAAGGCGAUCUGAUUGCUACGGGUGAUUAUGGUGGAAUAAUUAUUGUGUCGAAUCUAUCAAGCAAGAAGAUAUUUGUCACUCUCAAAGAUAAUCAACAUCGAAAUGAAGAUGGAGACAAUCCAAAUGAUCGAGUUGUGAAUCGUGUGAUAUUUAUUGAUUCGAGAUUCGGUCGACACGAUGCAGCGAAUUUGAUCAGUAGUGGUCCAUUUGGUGAAAUUCAUUUUUGGAAUAUCUAUAAGAAUGGAGUUCUCCUGGGCAAAUUUCGACCAAAUAGAGAAAGAAAGAGUACAGUAACACAAAUCAAACUCGAUUCCAUGUGUCGAUUAUUGUUUGUUGCCGAUUCAUUAGGUUUUCUGUUUAUUUAUGAAAUAGAAAGAUAUGCACUUCAUCCCGAGUCCACUCCACCUCGUUGUAUGAGAAGUUGGCGAGGUCAUGUGGAUAGUGUCACUGGUCUUGAGUAUAUCGAACAAGAAAGAUAUGCACUUCAUCCCGAGUCCACUCCACCUCGUUGUAUGAGAAGUUGGCGAGGUCAUGUGGAUAGUGUCACUGGUCUUGAGUAUAUCGAACAAGCUCAAGUGAUCAUCACUUCUUCACUUGAUUGGACCAUUCGAUUGUGGAAUUUGCAUGGCUUCUUCAUUGGUACAUUUGGUCAAUCGAUUCCAUGGAAUUUGUAUGAUCCUGCCACAUAUCAACAUCCGUCAGUUCCACUCGAUGUUCUCACUGAUCCAAAAAGUCUACCGAAAAAGACACUUCCGACCGAUGGCGAAGAAGAAGAGAAGGAGGAGGAGGAGAAGAAAAAGACAACAGCAGUGACAUCGACAACAACUAACACGUAUAAAAAUAUGCUGAUUGAUGAUGAGACAAUGGCGAAUAAUGUUCGUGAAACACUGAACAAAGUGCGUGAAGUUCAAUCAGCUGGUUUAGCUGGUAAAAGACUUCGAUAUUUUCAUGAUAAACCGAACGUUUCAUUUCGUCGUGAUGGUUCGAGUCAUUAUCAACAUUUGCGUUGUUAUACGAUUGAUGACAAUCCACCAACAAUGUCAACGUCAACGAACGACAACACGAUGUAUUUGGCUAACUCAGUCGAAUCAUAA